ACCUAAGGGGAGGGAGUAAGGGAGUGAAGACGCACAUGGCACGUCGCAGGCGGCCAGUGUUUACCCCGUGGGACAGCCUUCUCCCUCUCGCUGACGGACGAAAGGGAGGCCGUUCUCCUCCUGCUUCUUAUCCAGACACAACCGCCGCCGCCUCCUCCGCGUCCUCGGGUCAUGGACGGCGUGCAAUCUCAACACGUCGGCGUGGAGGAGGCUGAGGACACGUUCCGCGCCCUCGCCUACGACACGGCGCUCAGCACGGUGGUGGCGGUGGCAGUUUACGUGGCGCUCAAAGCCGGCCUGGACGGGGUCCGGCGGUGGCGCGCCCGCAUCUCGGUGCUUGUCGUGGGCUCGGGUCCGGUAGGGCUGACGGCCGCCCUGGUUGCUGUCCGCUCGGGGAAGGUGCUGAAGCUGACCGUGCUGGACGAGCGCAACCGGAGCGCGCUGCUCUGUCGGCCGCAGCAGAUCGCCCUGGACCCACGCAGCGUGGACUUUCUGCUGGGACUCGGCGUGGACUUUGACAACAUGGAGGGAUGCUGGCACGAUGAGCACUUCUUCACCAGAAUGGGCGUGUUCCAGGAGUACCUGCUCAGCAUCCUGGAGCAGAAGAAGCGGCAGGUGGACGUCAGGGUGCAACUCAGCACUAAGUUCACUGAGGAUUACCUGAGACGCAUCCCCGCCAGGGAGUGGCCACGUGUGAUUGUGGUGGCCGACGGCUCGUGUGGCGACUCUUGCUCCGUACUGGGUCUCAGCUCUGACUACAUGGUGGAGUCGUGCCACGCCUACGGAGCCAACGCCAGCAUCGAGAGGCUGGACCAGAGACAGGUGCCCACUCCGGAGAUCCGUGCCCACAGUCUCUACUUCGACCUAUCCGCGUACGGGGUGGAAGCCCAGCGGGAGCACCGCAACCUCUUGGCCAAGCAAGGGUUCCAUUUGAAGAUCUAUGGCACCUUCAGGAAUCGCUACAUGGCCCUCGCCUGUCCCGCCUCCGAUGCCAGGAUGGUCCGCUUCCUCAGACACACGGCCAACUCCUCGAUCAUGAAGAACAUCUUCUAUCAGUCCUUCAACGCGUACAAGACGGACAUCGAACCGCGGCUGAAUGACAUGACGCUCUACCACAUGCAGUGCAGCCGCCGCCUCUUUGAGGUCCAGCUGUCGCACAGACGCGUCAGCGCCGCCUACAUCGAGGGGGACAAUGUCGCUGUCACCGUGGAGGGAGAGGCGGCCCGCGUCCUCAACUUUGACACGGGCUGCGGAGUGAAUCUAGGCCUACGAGGCCUGGAGUCCAUGAGCACAUUCAUCUACCGCACGGCCACCGCCGUGGACCAGCACGACGUCAUGGAGGCUCUCUCGGCCAAGAUGCAGCACUCAAGACAAGUGGCUCGCACCUUCAAGCAGACAGGUCUGACUGAGUCCAUGUAUGCCUGAAACUUCUGAUUUCAUGGAUGGUGCACACUGGUGGUUACAGAGAGAAGUUGUCACGCCAAUGCCAACGAGUAUCAUCAACUCACCUAAAACGCCUUGGACUGAGUUUCUGAUGCCUUUGCUAUAGUAGUAUAAUUUUUUUGUGAUGGAUUGUGUCCUUUUUUAAUACUGUAUGUAAAAUAAUGAUAUACUUAAGGAUUAUACUUUUAAAGGGACUUCAAGUUGAA